AUGUCAACCUUGCAUUCAUUUUCGCGCCUGCCAUUUGAGCUGCGUGCGCAUAUCUGGGCCUUGACGGUCGAACCGCGUACGGUCGAGGUCCGCAUUGUUUACGGCCCCGGGAAACUUCAGCGAUUGGUCUCCUCUACGCUGGUUCCAGCGAUAUUACAGACCUGUCACGAAGCUCGCAGCCUGGGGCUUUACAAACAGGCAUUCUCUGAACUCACAAUAACGGAAUCGAGCGACACCAUGGACGACAUAUCGCGCUAUGUAUGGCUAAAUUUGGACAUCGACAUGAUUUCUAUCGGGACAACUAGCUUUGAAUCUUUCGUCCCCGUCUCAGCAUUCAUCAAGAGGCUCAGAUUCGAACGCAAAAACUCUGAGGAAUACUUUUAUCACUGGGAAUCGAAAGAGCUUCGUGACUGGACUAGCACAGAGGAGAUCCAUGUGGUUUGCGAAGACGGCCUGGGGGCAUGGCACGGGGCAACCGAAGAGCACAGCUGGCCUUGUGCACUAGAGAACCUGUGGUUCUUUGAUCCGUAUGACGGGCGGAUGAUGAGAAGCCUGGAUAUGGAGGAAAUGCUUGAUAACGAGCUCAGAGAGUCAUGGGCUGCGGAAGGGUAUGAAUACCCAAGUGGUGAUUCCCUCCUCUAG